AUGUCCAUACUCACUUCCCCAAGAGGGAAGGCGGAAGUGGUUCAUCGCUGGAGAACAGAGUCACAGGAUAUUAACUGUAUUAAAAGCCUCAUUCGAAAAUUUACCUAGAAGCUGUUUGGGAGGCUUAAUAUCAUCUAUCUUCUAGAAAAGGCAAACCUUGCUAUUACCCUCUGCAAUGACAAGGAGAUCAUGGCCCAGGCCACCUUCCUGGACUAUCCCAACUGGAAUGUUGCCAAGCAGGAUGACUGGGUUUCAGUGUUCAGGGAGCUCGACGGUGAAAUAACAUGCACGCCUCUGAAUACAUUGUUCAUGCACCUCUUUGCAGCCAUGGAUGAGUAUUCCGUUGGAUGUUGCAAAAAGAUCAUUUGGAUUGUGUUCAAGGCGGUGCCAGAACUGCACUUCAUAUUUCUCAUAGUGCCGUCCUACAUGAGCCUAGGCUCAACUCUCAUAACUGUUUUUGACCAAGUGGGGAACGUUCUCUGUCUGACAUAUGAGGAGGACUUUGCAGUACAUAUAUGUCAUAGGCACAGCAACUGCCCUCAGCUACACAUCUGCAAAGCCAGGGUGGAAGAUCAUGAUGAUCUCAUGCCAGUAUUUAUGCACCAUGACACACUUCUGAAGCAAACUUAUGGAGAAUACUUCCUGGCCGAACUGAUAGAGGCCCAAGACGAAGAGAAUCAUGCUGUCGUGUGUGAG